CUAGUCAAUGCCCCUCCCAGUCUGCCUUCUCCUCUCAAACACUAUCUAAAAUCAGUCUUUCAAUUCUCUUGUUUUACUUUACAAGUCCUCUUCCCCUGCGAAGGAUCAGUAGCCUCUUCAGGAUAUCUUGCAGACAACCCGUGUCGGCUCGCUGCCUCGCCCCUCACUAAACCACCCAUCGUUUCCCUUCCUAGUCUGCUUCAAAUCCCUGUAAUGGGCUAUCGAAACAAACAUUCUCAAGUUUUGUCUUUACAUUUCUGCUUUGCCUUCGAGGGCUGGCUUUCGUUCCGAGCAGCGAGACCUCCAUUUACACGUGCUCAAAUCAACAGUACCUGUCAGUGACAAGACAGCCCUCAAAACAUCAACGCUAGAUCCUGAAGUCAUGAAGUCAUGAAGAGCGAUAGCCAAGCUAGAACGCGGUUUACGUCAUCCAGUUCUAGCUCUUCCUCGUCGAGUUCCACUUCUAACGUGAACUACGCACGCAUGAAGCAAGGCACUAGUACGGCAAUCAAGAAAUUCGGACCAUUGCUCUUCACAGGUUUGGCUGCUGUGGUGGAACAUCAUUGGCUGAAGAAAGAUGAAGAUAACAAUCAUGAAUCAGAGAAGAAAAGCUCAAGAGGAGGUCAUAAUCGUGAGAUUCAGGAUGAGAGGAAAAGGCGAGAUCGGGGAGGCAUGAGUGAGAGGGGAGAGGAGAGCAGGGAAGUGAGAGAGUUGAGAGAGGAAGUUGAGAGAUUAAGAGGCAUGAAGCAAAGCGAUGGAAACCGAAACAUAAACCCAAGCAAAAACACAAACUGGUCCAGAGAAGCCGAGAGGUCGUUCCAACCAGAUCCCGUAUCGAUACCAAUACCAAUACCAAUACCCCCCGGCUCAAACUCCCCCAGACCACCAUCCCUAAUCCGCGAUCCACGAGCCCUACACGACGAAUCCAUACAUCCUACUCACCCACACCCACACGACCACGAAUACAAAGAAACAGAAGAACAGUUCAUCAGAAUGCCUUUCGCGCCCACACCUCCAAUAUCGUACACUCCUCCGUUUGUGUAUGAAUAUGAACAAUUCCCUAACAUUGAAAUGGAAAGAGAGGGGGGGAAGGAGAGGAGCGUGCCGAGACCGCCGCAGCUUUAUGAUCCGCCGAGCUCGAGAGGGAGAGUUUCAAUAAGUUCGUCUUCAUCUUCGUGCUCGUCUUCAUCGUCGUCUUCGUCUUCGUCUUCAUCUUCAUCUUCAUCGUCGUCUCCGGGGAGGUCUUUCUCCAGAUAUCGAGAACGAGACAAAUAUCUGCACAGAGAUCGAAACAUGAAUCGAACCAAAAAUCGAGGAUUCCAGCGCUCGCCAUCAUAUCCUGGUAAUCAUCGACCACAGCACAGACAUCUCCCAGUGCCUCGAAGAAUCCCACACCAUCCUCAUCUCGAUCUCAAUCUCAAUCUCAACAAAGCCGAUCCCAUAAUACACGCAACCCAAGUCGCCGUCACAGCCGGACUCGUCGAAGCACUGUACGUUAAUGACGCGCCAGGGGAAUGGAUGGGAAGUAAGGGCGUGAGGGUGGGGACUGCAGCUGUAGCGAGUUUUGGGGGUGUGGUUGGGAGGGAGGAGAUGAGGGGGAGGGAGAGGAGGGAUGGGGUGGGGGUAGAAGGGGGGAGUGGAAGAAGGAGGAGGAGGAUUAGGGAUGUGCUUGUUGAUAUCGGGACGGGAGUGUUGGUUAGUAGGUUGGUUUUUGGGAGGGUGAGGGAUACGGAGGGAGAGGGAAAUGAAGAUAGAGAUGGGGAGGGAGAUGGGCGGGUAGGGGGGAGGUGUGGUAACGAGGGGAGGAGGAAGAAGAGGGAGAGGUGGCGGAGUUAUUGGUUUUGACUAUUCUGCUGGAGAGGGGAGUUCUGUGUAGUUGUGCUUUGGAGUUGGGAGUUAAGAGCUUCGAUCGAGUUGUGGAUUCUAGGGAUUUGUUUUGAAGUCAUUAUUGUUUAGUUGUUAAUGAUGUGAUGUGAUGUUUAAAAUUAUUUAGCGUAGAUUAUCUUUCACCAUGAUUUAAUAUCGAACUGGUGAUGAAAUCAUCUUUUAAUAUAAUUAGCCAGUGUAUCUACAUUGUCAGCUCAAUUUUUUUUUUCUGAACAGUGACUUCAUUCCUCGCCACUUCAGCUAAACUCCCCAACUCCCAUAUCCUCAAGUUCACAAUGGUUCAGUAUAACCACUCCUCAAGGGCGACCGCAAACGGUCCAUCCAUCAUUUUGUUGCACAUCGCAUUCCACGCUAAAGAUAGAGUUUCCAAAUCUCCGCGCGCCUGCAUGCAAGGCAGCCAGCCCUCUUUCAAGCUUUGCAAGUUAUGGUGGAUGAAAGCUGGUGUAGCCAAUAAUUAUGAUCUCCAGUGUUUGAACGCGCGCUUACAGUAGGACCGUGGAUUUGGGAGGAUUGUGGCCAAUUGGCUGGAAGCGAGGGGGGAACGAUGAGUAAGGAGAGGGGGCCAGGAGACAAGUUAGCAUGGAGAUAAAGCGGCUUACCGAGACCGUGGGUUUGGAAUGGUGUUGGUGUUGGUAUUGAAGGGCGGUGAGAGAUGUUUUGUUGUUGGAGCCAUGGCUGUAAUAUUUGGAGGCAGUGGUUGUGAAGCGAGGCAGCGACAGGCGAGGCGGUAAGUGAGGUGGUGGGAUUGGGUGUUUGACUGAGGGUGUGUAUCUUCAAUGACAGACUAGAAAAAUCAAGUAAAAAGCCUAUUGGGGGUGCUGUAAACGGUGUAUUCGUUUUGUAUCUGGUGUUU